AUUGGCUUAGAUCAAGUGUAGUAUCUGUUCUUUUCAGUUUAAUCUCUGAAAGACAUCUAAGGAUGUCACAUUGAUUAUACUUAUUUUUGUCUUCUGCGGGAUUGCCUCUGGGCUUGCCUAUGCUUUCUCGCACUGUGUCACAGGUAUUACACUGCCUCCUGUCGACGCGACCACAUUUUUUCAUUACGGAUUUUGGCUUGUCCAGGGUCGUGAAGAAGGAAUUAGCUUUCGGUUUUUAGAAGUUCAUGUGGGAUACAGAAGUGCUGCAUGUUCAAGUGAGAUCGAGUUGGGGAGGCAGAAACUUUUGCUGCAGAGGGUGGUGGUCUGAGCCGCGCUGGGACGGAGACUUGGGACAAUGGAAUGGGUAAUAUGAUAUCAAGCUAUGGUGUCUAGAAUAUGGAGAAGAAAGGAUAAGUAAAGCCUCAAAAUUGUGAUGACUGUAAUGCUGUUCCAACUAUAACUUUGCCUCUCGCAGAUGAAAGGAAGCACCGCCCUAAGGACGGCUGUUCAAGCACACCGUGCGACCACACCUGUGAAGUCUCAUCGGCACCGCCCAGUCCUUCUGCCCCUCCAAAACAAACAGCUUGCCCAUCAUGACAAGCUCUGGAAUGGUUGAUCCCCGAAUUUUCGAGCAGCUUCAAACAAAGAUCGAUGAUGACGCCGAGGUCAGAGACCAGAUUCGAGCCAUUACGCAAACUCUGGAGAGGCAAGGCCGGAAUGCGCAGUCGGUUCUGUCAAGAGCCCAUUCAACUCCAGCUGCAAACCUUGGACCUGUCCUAGUCGCUGCUGAAACCUACAUCAGGGAAGAGAUCGAGAGCAUCAGCAAGCUUGCUGCGAUCUCCUCCAAUUCCCCAUACUACAAAUAUAACGGCCUCUGGACUCGAGACGUACAGAAUGUCAUUUUCUCCAUUUUAUUUUGUGGUUGGCUGGGGGGCAUGAGCUCGUACAUUAAGGCAGACCAAGGCAAACUCCUCACAAUUGAAGAAGUUGGAGCAAUUCUGAAUGGUGUGCCGGGUCCUUCUGCCACAAAACUCAUUACUGACCCUGCUCCAGUUCCUAUUAAUCUCAAAGACCGAGAUGCCUUCCAUAUUACAAUCGAAGAAUACCUCCAAUCCCUCAUAACCCUCAUUGAAGAGCUUUCCCGACUGGCUAUCAAUUCAGUCACUCUUGGCGAUUACCAACGACCUCUACAAAUUAGCCAAUUCGUUAAGGAUCUACAUGCUGGUUUCCAGAUCUUGAACCUCAAGAACGAUUCGUUAAGACGCAGAAGCGAUAGUAUCAAGUACAAUGUCAAGAAGAUCGAGGAUAUAGUCUACGAUCUGUCGCUGAGAAAUCUGGUUCCAAAGGCUGGGGCAGAGACAUGACUUGGGGCAUUAAAAGAGGAAGUUAAUGACUGAUGAUAACAUCAAAAGGCAUGGGAGUCUACCGUUGCUCGCAUCUUGAGGCGCAAUAACAUGGCUGAUGAGAAUUUACAAUGGAAGAGCAGCUGGCUCUGGUCAGCAGGACCGCAAUUAAGGACUGAAAAAGGCUACGGUUUGCAAAGGAGCAGCUAUAGGACAUAGCUCAUAGAACUUUAUAAUACAAUAAGCAAUAGAGCAUGGAAUUCGGCCAUUACGCAGCUCCAUACCAGCCAUCAUUUGAUCAUUCGAAGCUCAAAUUUCUCAAGGU